CCUCCCGGCGGAAGUAGACGGCCGCAAAAAAUUGGGAGCUGUUCAGUGUUGGUCAGGGCGAUUGCGUCGUUUUAUCCUGCAAUUUUGGGAAAUACAAGUCGCUAAGUCAUUUAUUUUCUCCUCAGUAACAUAUUUGGAUUGGAAACACAUUGUAAUGAUCGCAUUCUUCUAAACUGAUAUCGCAUUUUGUUGUUCUUGUAAAUAAGGAGAGGACUAGUUUACUUGCUAGUUGUCUUGUUAGCAUAGCAUUGUUAGGCAUCCAAGGGAAUUCUGCCGAGAAACAACUAAAAUCGCCUGAUUUGUGUGGAAACAUGGAGUCAAUGAAAGCUGCUUUCCGUUAGCUAGCUAAGUUUUGUGGAUAUUUGCAACCCCGAAGAAGAUUUUCAAGUAACAUUGGAAAGGCUUCCUUAAAUCUUCCAGGACUUCAUUAUACAUAUUCUACAGGUCACAAUUGAGAGUCGUUGGGAAGUGUGUUUUUCUGAUUGUUUUUGGAAUUACUUUCAGCAUUAUCGGAGCAACCGAAGCAAAGUUUUCCAUAGAAAGAGCUCUUUUUGUUGCUAGAUAGCGCUUGCUAUCCAGCCAACGGCCGAGAUUACAGAUCAAACUAGCUAACGUUGACAAUUGUAACUUCUGUCUGACGAUUUUUAAGCAUUAGAUACCCCUUUCCUUAGCUGAAGGAAAACGUAUUUUGAUAGACACGUUUCUAGUUUUCUGGAUAUAGCGUUCCGUUUCCACCUCCCUGAAGUUAGCGGCUAGCUUGUUACUGUAUCCUGGAUAGCUUGUAAGCUAAUUGCAUCUCCAGCAAAUUUUGGCACUCAUUGGUUAGGAAACUAAUUCAAUUGCUAUAGCUAAUCAAAAUAAGAAAAUAACCUGGUUUAUGCUGUACUAUUGCUGCUAUACUUACUAGAUAGUUAGCGUUAGCUAAUUUGCAACACGGGUUUCAACUCCGACUUGUCCGUUUUUAGAAAUUCUUAUGGUCACGAGGGGUUCUGCUCUUCCACGGAUAGAGGAAAACCUGGAGGCUGGGAACACCAAAUGGAGCUGAGUCAAUUUUCAUCAUAUUUAAAAAAAAAACAUUUAAUCUAGUCAACCAACAGACUGACUGCAAUUACACCGGACCAAGCCAGAUUAUCUGGUUGUAUUUUCGAUAGGGUUUAACAUUGAGAAAAAUAAGUGUGACGCGAACCUUUUUGAUUGACAUCAAAGGAUUCGUACAUGGAGAUAGAUGCAGAAAGAGUGAAAGCGGAGCAUAUAGCAAUAUUUUCCAUGGGAACAGAUGUUUUUAGGAACGACCCUGACAUUGGUGUCUACUGCGAAAAGGUGGAGAGCUUCUCGACGUAAAACGAGGUGUGAGUUGAGGUCCUAAUUUAUCAGACUCAAGAAAUUGCUACAGAAUGCUACAGUAGCAGCUAACGUUGCUUUGUCAUCAGUGGCAUAUUGGCUGCUCGUUUGAAUUACAUUUUAUUGCAAAGGAUCGCACAACUAUUGAAUUCCGUCGUUUCUUUCAGUAUUAGGACGUAACCAACAUUGUUUUCACCUGGAGUCUGCUGCCUGCUCAUUUUCAUAGUAUUGUGCUUUUGAUAUUCAGCGCUCAAUGUUGUUGAUUUUUUAUGUCAUCACUUUAAAGCUUCUCAUCAACAUAAACGGAUGUUAGGAAGGCUUCUUUUCAAAGAGACUAUCUUAUUAUUAUUUGGAAAAUGCUAAUUGGAUAUAAAUCACAGCAAAUCUAGAAACGGAAGCCCAAUGAGCGACACACAGUCCACUAUCACUGACAGGUUACCCAAGAAAGCAAACAGAAGCAGCAGCGUUCUCAGUAAAGACCAUCCCCCUGACAAGAAACCCAAAAGCGAUAAACCGGCAGUCCCCUCUUCACAUGAGUUUGACCCUACAGACGUUUUGGUGCAGAAGAGUGGCUGUGUUCUGGCUGAGGGGAAGCCUGAAUCCUGUGGGCUUGUCCAGCGAUGUGUGAUUAUUCAGAAAGAUGAGAAUGGCUUUGGGCUGACAGUGAGUGGCGACAACCCUGUUUUUGUGCAGCUUGUUAAAGAAGAUGGCGCUGCCGAGCGUGCAGGUGUACAGACUGGUGACAGGAUAAUCAAGGUGAACGGGACGCUAGUAACGCAUUCGAACCAUGUGGAAGUAGUAAAGCUCAUCAAAUCUGGCUCCUAUGUGGCCCUCACGGUGUUGGGAAGACCCCCAGGGUUACCCCAGAUCCCUUUGUCGGAGGGCGAGGCUGAGCUGGGGUUCCUGGGGGGCCAGGCAGGGUUCUCCGUCACCUCCCCCAGUUCCCCUGGACAGACGACGGGGGAGCGCCCCUACAGCCCCCUGGAGCGCGUCACGUCUCCUCUGCCAAUAUGGGAGAACAACAGCGUACACAGCCAAAAGGUUGACAUCCUGCAGAAGAUGCUGUCCAAGGAGCAACAAGAUUUGCAGGCAAUGAAGGAUGAGUACAGCAGGAACCCGACGCCCAGACUGCUGAAGGACAUCCAGGAAGCCAAGAAGCACAUUCCACAGCUGCAGGGCCAGCUCAGCAAGGCCACUGGGGGUGCCCAGGACCCCCUGCUGUUGGGCGACGGAGACGACGGCAGCACGGUGGACCUGGACCACACAUCGUCCUCCAGGGGGGACAGUAGCAACGACCUGUCGUGGAGCAGCAGCACUCUGUCCCCUAUUUUCCGCGGCUUUGCCCUCGCCUCCCCGGAGAGCAUGUGCCAGAGGGACUUGUUGUCGUGCCACAGCCCAAAGAGCACGCCUCGAGACAGCUUGAACUCCUGCCACUCCCCUGACCCGGAAUAUACUCUAGACCUGGAGUCCCUGUCCCCCUCCACUGUCAGCAGCCCCUCCUCGCGCAUCGUCUCCCAGAUCAUCGGAGCCGAGGACGAUUAUUUUGACUCUGAGCAGGAGCAGGUCAACGGCCAGUGCAGCUGUUUCCAAAGCAUAGAGCUGCUCAAGUCCAGACCUGCCCACCUGGCGGCGUUCCUGCAUCACGUCGUCUCCCAGUUUGAUCCUGCGCCGCUGCUGUGCUACCUCUACGCUGACCUGUACAAGCAGACCAACCCUAAAGAGACCAGGCGGGUGUUCAUGGAUUUCCACACGUUCUUCAUCGACCGGGGCGCUAAUUUAAAAGUAGCUGUUCCCGAUUCUAUCCCUUCUGACCUUGACCGGCGGAGGACAGACCUGGUCCCCGAGGAGCUCAAUCGCCAGUAUAUCCAGAUGCUACAGGACACCCUGCUCACUGACAUUCAGAGGAAUCUGGAGGACUUCAGGCAGAAGCGCAGUAUGGGUUUGACCGUGGCAGAGGUGGAACUGACCCGGCUGGACACAGAGCGUGUCAGAGACCGGGUAGCCUUGGAGAGAGAACGCUCCUGUGCUGAAAACAUAAUUGCCAAGAUUGAGGAAGUCUUGUUGACAACUCAGCCUACAGAGGAAGAGAAAUGCACUACUAUGCAGUUCGUCAUCCUCAGCUACAUGAAGCACCUCGGAGUCAGGGUCAAAGAGCCACGCAGCCUGGAGUCGAAACGGGUCCGCAUCAACUUUCUCCCCAAGAUCAAGAAGAGCAUCAAGACCGAGAAGGAGGGUGGCGAGGAGAAGGUGAAACGGACCAGAUUUCCCAGCAUCCUUGGGCCUCAACGCCGGCCCAGCCGAGUGGACCCCACAUCUGUUGGCAAGGCGGUGGACCUCAACAAGCCGCGGCCCCAAAAGCAGCUCUCCCAGCCCUGCCUGGGGGCCCUGGAGCACCUGGAGGCGGGGCGGCUGAGGGCCAGUCAGUCCAGCGAGGGCUCUGAGCUCACACAUUCCUCCUCAAUCAACGCCAGUUUGGUCCCCAACAGUGCCGCCAACAGUCACACCUCCGACGGAGGCAGUAGAGAUUCAGAGUGUGGUGGAACCCCCAACUCUGCCCUCUCCCGGCUGAACGAGGUGGCCGGAGACCUGGACAGUCUGCCCUGCUCUCCUAACAUGCAGUUUGACUACAGCCUGGACCAGCUGCAGGAGGAGGACCGGGAGAGCGGAAUUCUUGAUGGAACACCAAAGGCGAUCAGAAGGUUGGAUGCCCUUGGCUCCGUGGAGGUGCAGAGUGAAGAUGACCAGGGAGGUACCGACUCUGAGCACGACCCCCUCAACUGGCAGCAGCUGGUGGGACGAGAGGUCCUGGCCGGGCUGAGGCCCCACGAGAUCAAGAGGCAGGAAGUCAUCAAUGAGCUGUUCUACACUGAGAGAGCCCACCUGCGGAUGCUCAAAGUGCUGGACAACAUUUUCUACCAGAAGCUCACCAGAGAGGCCAUACUGCCGCCUGCUGACAUCAAGAACAUCUUCACCAACCUAGAGGACAUCGUUCAACUACAUGUUUCGAUAUCCGAGCAAAUGGCAGCAAUUCGGAAAAGGAAUGAGUCAUCCGUAAUCGACCAAAUAGGAGACGACUUGCUUUCUUGGUUCAGUGGCGGCGAGGAGGAGAAAAUCAAGCAGGCUGUGGGCACUUUCUGCAGCAACCAGCCCUUUGCUCUGGAGCUUAUCAAGAGCCGACAGAAGAAGGACUCGCGCUUCACCUCCUUUAUGCAGGAAGCUGAGAGUAACAGACUGUGUCGAAGACUCCAGCUAAAGGACAUCAUUCCUGUGGAGAUGCAGAGGCUCACCAAGUAUCCACUGCUACUGGAGAGCAUUGUCAAAUACACUGACGACUUGGCAGAGAAGGACAAGGUAAAGAAGGCAGGCGACUGCUGCAGGAGGAUCCUCAACCAUGUUAACCAAGCUGUGAAGGAGUCUGAAAACAAACAGAGGCUGGAGGACUACCAGCGACGUUUAGACCUCUCGUCUCUGAAGCAGACAGAGAACCCUGUGAUUUCAGAGCUCAAGAACCUGGACCUGACCAAGAAGAAGAUGGUCCAUGAAGGACCACUGUCAUGGAAGGUCAACAAGGAUAAGACCAUUGAGCUGUACACGCUGCUCCUGGAGGACAUCCUGGUGCUGCUGCAGAAGCAGGACGAGCGUCUCAUCCUUAAGUGCCACAGUAAGAACCUGUCGGGCACCGCGGACACCAAGCACAUCUUCAGCCCCAUCAUCAAGCUCAACACUGUGCUGGUGCGCUCCGUAGCCACUGACAACAAGUCGUUCUUUGUGCUCUCCAUGUCGGAAAACGGUGCCCAGAUCUACGAGCUGAUGGCCCAGACGGUGUCAGAGCAAAGAAUGUGGCAGCGCCAUAUCACCCAGAGAGCGGACGCCAUGAAAGUAAAGCCGCACAGCGUCAUCCCCUUACCCCAGACUGAUGGCGAGAGGGACGGCGUGGAGACCAUCACCGAACGCGUAGGCCGACUUGGCAAGGACCCGGAACGCGUCUCCAGCGGAAGCAACCUGUCAACAGAUAAAGAUGGUAGCCCCGCCUCCAGCGGUGUGUUGCACACGUCUCUGGACAGCGCCAGCCUUGAAGGACUCAAGCCCGAGGUGGAAGAGGAGGAGGCCAGCAGGGACAACGGGCUUUACGGGGAGCCGGUCUUCGUGGAAAGGCUACCCUUCCCGGUGACCGUAGACGGGUUUGUCGAAUCGGACGCCCUGGGCUUUGGUCCUUCCAGAGCCGACGACGCCUUGAAGACGUUGUCGGCGCUCAAGCAGGUCCUGGUGACCCAGUUGAUGUCGCAGGAGGACAGCGAACGAGCCGGGCGCGCCUCCUCGGGCGGCGGGCGCCUCCUCCGGACCACGUCCCUGAGAACCCCCGUGGACAGUCGGGCCCGGGUGGCGGUGCAGAACGGCUCCGGUAGGACGGGCCACGCCUGCCACCCGGAAGACCCGUCACAGGACCUGGCGUCUGGGGACACGGGCUUCUUCGAGUCUUCUGAGGAUUACGCAGGUUACCUGGUUCUGGAGGGCUACGGGGGCUCAAGGGAAAGCAGCACGGACGAUGACCUCCAGGGGAAGCAGCUGAGCGCCUCGCGGGGGUGUGGGGCAGGGGACUCUGGGAUCAGCCUGAGGUUCUCCUCCACCUCGCAGGCAGGCGGCGUCUCAGGCUUCAGCCCGCAGGUCUUGUCCUACCUCCGUAAUCUGCAGACCAACCUCAACCACCUCAAGGAGGUGGAGGCCAAGUAUUACAGCCUACUACGCCAAAGGCCAGCCAGGUCCUCCACAGACACGGACGAUAACAAAGAUAAGAGAUAGUCGUGGAACUCCUGCCCCCCCUCCUCGGCCCCUGUAUCAGGCUGGAAGCGAUGACGUGACGGCGGAGGACUUGAUUUCUGCCUCUCCGCUGUCUCCUUGACCCGGAUGUCCUCUAUUAGCUUGUGCACUCACCUGCUGAGUUCCUUCUUCCUCCCACCGCGAUUCUCCCUGAGAGACGGAGCGAGAGAGCGCCUGAGGGAGGGGGGUUUCUCCGGAGCUGUCCCCCUGGCCCCUCCGUCAGCACAUGGCAAUCAGGGAGGCGGGACUGUCCCUAAAUGCAUCCCUGCUUGCCCUCCCCCUAGCCCUGACCCCCCUCCCUCCCCUCCUGUGUGCCCCCACUCCAAUGGCUGUGGGUAGCCCAGAGCCCCCCCCCCCCCCCCCGCCACCUUCCUGUAUACUCCUAGUUCUCCCUGCAAGGAGAACUGUACCAAAAUGUACAAAGCUGUGUGUUUAGAAUAUAUAAAACACAAGAAACAAGAAAAUUGAACAUUUUAAGAUAAUGUAUUAAGAUUUCUUUUUUUAUCCCAAGAUGUAUUUAUUUUCUUUUUUUGUGUGUGUUCUCCAAUUUUGUUUGCAUGCAUUUUUUUUGUCGCUGUUGCCAUUCUGCCACCUUUUCGGCUGCUCCACCCGCGUUAGCACGCACACUAUCCCAUAGUAACACAGGAGGAGUAUGCUUGGACUGAGAGGACUGAAAAGUGGGCGUGGAGCCCCCCCCCCCCACCCCGAAACCCUGAACCCCCACAAUGGUAUUUAACAGCAUGGCAAAAUCAUGGGGCUCUGUCCUGGUCCAAAGUGCAUUUCUGCCCCUGGCUCAAACUCCUCCCUCCCACAUGUGUGGGUUGUAUCGCCUGGUUUCCCUUGUCUUCCUGGACAGUCAUGCUUCCUCCCCCAUAAUAAAUGCAGUGCUGCUGCUGAUGUGCCAUCAAUCUGACAGCUCCAGCUGAUAACGUGACACAUUUAUAAACUAUUGAGUUGGAAUGUUACGCGUAACUUUAAUUAAAAAAACAAAAAA